CUCUCCAUUCUUGUGUCUAGUAACAGUCUCUGCAGGAUCUAAUCUAAUAAACCUCCACCUGCUGAAUGUCAUCGGGUUUAUUUGUGCAACCUUCUCACUCCACUGUUCUCACUCCUGUCUCUGUCUCCUCUGUUGUGCGACAGGCAGCAGCAGCCAGAGAGCCAGAGAGACAGAGAGAGUGGAUCUGUGGACAGACAGCAUCUCUCCAGUCCAGCGCUGUCUCUUCUAUAGAAAGGGAAGCCCCCUCACGCGUUGCGUUGCGCGCCUGGAUCACCGUUAGAAAUCCGCGUCGCUGAGGAGCGCGUGUGCAUGUGCGUCCUCAACAGUUGCUACCGGAGGAGCAGCAGCAGCGGUGGUGGAGAGGAAGAGGAGGAGGAGGAGAGGUGGUGGAGAGAGACAGAGACAGCAGCAGCAGACUGAGAGGACGGCUCUGCUCCGGCUCUGCUCCUGACAUGCAGUCGUUCAUCUCUCCGGUGACCAAGGCCAUCCUAGUAGCGCUCUUCAUCUUCGCCAUACUCCUCAUCCUCUAUGUGAUCCUCUGGUACAUCUGCAGGGACGUGGACUGCGAUCACGGCAUUUAGAGGAGGAUUCCAAUCCAAAAACGUGGGAAUAAAAAAAAAAAAAACGGGGAAUUUCCACAAUAAAUGGGGCGCACAGAGGAGCCCAUCAUCCUGUACGACAAGGAAGGAAGCAAGGAUGGCCUGAAACUUCAUAUUGGGACGCGUCCCAUAGACCGAGCUGCACUCUUUACCCUCCUCUGCUCCUCCUCUGCUCCUCCUCUGCUCCAUGACUACACCACUCAGUGUUGACACAACCAGGCAGAGAUGCUAUCCGCUAUCCGGUCUCACCUUCUUCCUAUUAUCAGACUUUACCUGCUGGGUUUUAAGGUGCUGUUGGUCCAGCUGUUCAGCGGACCUUUCAGGUUGCCAGUGAUGCCCAGACAAGAUGGCAAGGUUGCCAUAGUGACAGGAGGAGGCAGGGGAAUCGGCUAUGAGGUAGUCCGCCACAUGGCCAGGCUGGGGGCGCAUGUUAUCAUAGGUGGGAGGGAUGAGCAGGAGGGUCUGGAGGCCGUCAGAAGGAUCUGUGAAGAGUACAAAGAGGCCAAAGUGGAGUUCACCAAAUUGGACCUCGCCUCUUUGCAGUCUGUCCAUCAGUUUGUCCGGAGCUUCAAGGAGCGGGACCUGCCGCUAAACAUUCUGGUCAAUAAUGCGGGUGUCAUGCUGGUUCCUGAGGGCCGUACUGAGGAUGGAUUUGAGCAGCACUUUGGCGUGAACUACUUGGGCCACUUCCUGUUGACCUGGCUGCUCCUGGACACACUGAAGGAAUCUGGGAAAUGUGGUCACUUCUCGCGUUUGGUCAACGUCUCCUCCUCUGCCCACCGCAUCGGCGAGAUCAGACUAAAUGAUUUAAAUAGCUGCCAGUCUUAUUCAGCCCAUGCUGCUUAUUGUCACAGUAAGCUGGCCCAGCUGUUAUUUAGUUCCCACCUCCACCAAGAGCUGCAGCGUGGAGGUUUCCCACUGAGUUCAUGUGCUGUGGAUCCUGGCAUGGUGGAUACGUCUCUCUAUCGCCACCUCUGGACGCCCCUCAGCCUGGCGCAGAGCGCCAUCGCUCGCCUGCUUUUCAGGACUCCUGCACAGGGCGCUGCCACUGUGCUGUUUGCUGCUCUGUCGCCGGCCCUGGAGGGCGAGUGUGGAGAAGGCUACUGGGCCGAUGGGCACAGGGAGAUGACAAUGCCACCGACCUUUGACCCCCAGCUGCAGCUAAGCCUAUGGGAAACCAGCGUCCAGCUACUGGGCCUGCAGUAGCAUGGGACCAAAGGACGAUUAACUGGACUAAACCUGGAAGAAAACAUCAGAUAAAGAUCCUUGUCUCGGGCCAAACAGCCACCUUCUCCUCCAAAUUUGUCUUAGUAUUUUUUCACCUCACAUCGAGGUGUUCGUAGCGAUUUGUUUUGACAAUCCACCGCUGGACUGUGAUUGAUUAUUAGGGGAGUGAAGAUCUCUGUUUUGUUCCAGACCUGCCAAAGAAGGGCUACAGGGGAUGGAAGAUGGGUUUUUUUCGCAAUGAGAAAGCAAACAUAAACAAACACACUCUAGGGUUCUAUCAAUACAUGAUUUUGCUGUCAUAGCUACUGGGCAGCUGCAGAAAUUGGCCUUUAGUUACAAUCCAUCCAUCUCUGAUGUGGUGAAGUUUAUUCCCUGAUCAAAACUAACCUGAUGUCUGGCUGGAGAAGUCGUUCCAGUGUCGUGUUCAAAAACCUGCAUUGACACCCGCCUCACUCUGCCUUAAAGUCAUUCGUCUGGCUUUCAGUGAAGAUGUUCAUUGUCGCUCAGUGAAUUAAAUGCUGUUUCAGAGAUUUAGAUGCUUUUUGAACAUAGUAAUACUUCAAAUCAAAAGCUGAAAUUUGGCUUCAAAAUCACAUGUUGGUCAAGCCCUAGCAUACACACACACACACACACACACACACACACACACAUUCAUGCACCACGACAAUGACCUGAUUUUUCAAAUCUGAACCUGCCUUGCCGCGGCGGCGGGAGAAUGUGAUGUCAUCCGUUUGCUUUGACACAUGAUGAUGAUUUCACAGACCGUCUUGCCAUCUUACCCGUUUGACUGGGAGCGCUUUCUUUUUUGGUACAUUCAUGUGCUUUUACUGGUUAUUACUGAAUAGGUGUUAUUAUACGCUGUGUUUUAGGUGUUUUCAUAAAGAUGCUGGGGAAACAUGAUCAACUUUCCUCUCUCUCUCUCUCCACGGCUCAGCAAUCCAACAAAAGACACUCCUGUGGCCCCGAUCGGGGGAUUUGGGUUGAGACUGACAAAAGGGAGAGAUCCCAUGUAAAAGUAGGCCUAAAUUUGGAAUAAUUCCCCCUAUAGACGCGAGAGUGAGACAGUCGGUUUUGUUCUGGGGAAUUUUCUUGCUGUUGACAUUUUCUGAAUCCAGGAUUUCCACACGUUUCUGUUUGCUUUUUGUCCGCUCAGAAACAAUGGGGUACCAACCGCCACUUCACUCUGUCCCCAUUUUCCUUUGUGAUCUGUGUUAAUCGGUUUUACCGUGUCUGUGAUACAUGUGUGUGUGUGUGUGUUUUAUGCACAUGAGUAAAGAAUUAACGCUCUAGACCCAAUUCAUGUUGAUGGAUAGCACAACAAUGGCCGUUCCUGGCAGAGCAGCGACAGGAAGACGAGAGAGAGAGAGAGGGAAAAAUCACUUUUUUUUCCUCCAGUAUUCAAGCUGUGAUUGGUUCUUCAUUGCUGCUGCCGCUUCCUCAUUUGGCGUCGCUCCCAGUGCAUUGUGGGAUUGAGAUUUCCCAGUGGUGAGAAUCAAACUCCAUCUGCUGAGCUGACACACACUCACACAGAAACAGUGAAAGCCGUACAUCCAGGCACAGGCUUAUCUAAACAAGCACACGGCAAACAAAUGCGUCUGUUAUUCAUGCAGGAAAACACAACACACACACACACACACACACACACACACAUGUACACUGCGCCAUAAAACCAUCUCCACUGUGAUAAACCAUUUUAGCUGUGAAGAUGAAAAAGUUUUAUCUCAAAUUAACAAUUUUUGACGGCCCCACAUGCCAACCCAUUGCUGUAAGUGUACAUUGUUGCUCUGAAUACUGCCACUGAGCAUCCAGCGUUCAUUAAUAUCUGCCGUAUGUGAAGCAAUAGUAUCACUGUGGUAGCUAAUUCAGCCUGUAGCACAGAGCCAGACGUUCAGAAUAGGAAAAGAAAGUGUAAAAAAAAGGAAAAAGAUACCAGCUUCAAGUUACCCAUAAUAUCAGGAAUUCAAAGUUUCUCUGUCUACAUGUAUAAAAAUGAAGACGUCGUUAAUGUGCAUCGUUUUGAGUGGUUCAAUUUAAAGUUGUUUUGUUUUUCAAGCAGUUUGAA